UUGGCGAGCGAGGAAGAUGGAUACCAAUGUCCGAAAAGAACGAAGAAGAAAGAUUGUGGAGAGAGGGGGUGAUCGUUUGGCUCUUAUCACCGGCCAAGUUCGUGCCCUUAGUGCAUCGCCGUCGUUACCAUCGCCGACACCGGCAUCAUCACCAUCGUCAGCAACUCAACGUCAACGUCAUGCACACACAGAAUCUUCUCCAUCAAUUAUGUUCAUGUCUAAUGAUAAUACUCAAACUCAAAUCCAUGCUGGUCCUGAGGAAACAGAUGGUGACUCUGAUUCCAAAUUGAUCAAAGGUAGGACCAUCAAUGAGUAUCCAGGGGCCAGAAUCUUCCAUAGAGGAAAUCCAAAAAGUGUGACAAGUCCUGAUCCCUUGUCCGGUAUGGACAAAAAUUUUGAGAUCUCAUCAUCAGUUCAAAAGCCACUAAGUCAGGCCAAAUUGUUCUCUUCCAAACGGAUAAACUCCUGCAUUAUAGCUUCUGAGAGAACGAGAGCUAUUUGUUCUCUCAUUAUAGCUUGUGUUGUGGUUAUUUCUAACAUUGAUUAUCCACUGAUUGGAUUUGACAUUAUGAGUUCAGAUAGCUUCAUUGCCUCCAGGCCUUUUUGCAUAAUCCUGCUAACUGAUGUAACAAUUGUGCUUGCGCUAUUGUUUCUUGAGAGUGGAAAUGACUCUGAGGAGGUUGACGAAGAAAAAGUUGCGGGUAAAGAAGAUGAAGAUAACUGGACUGGAGCAGUCAAGCUCUUGGAAAGAGGUUUGGUCCUGUACCAGAUCAUUCGCGGCAUCUUCAUUGACUGCAGUGUUUAUUUGGUUGUGGUCAUCUUUGGGCUCUCUCUAGUAUAGCUAAUUUGCCUACAAAUUAAACUGAUUAAUAAGAUAAUUUUAACCUUCUGCAGGCUGCACUUAGUUUGUAGGCAGUGCAGCCAAAAAAUAAUUUUUGUUAAGUUCCAUCUUGAUUGGUUUUAUUUUUUUUUCCCAGUUUCAAUGAAGAUAUGUUACAUUUUGUUUAUUGUUAUUGCC